GAAAAUGACAAAACCGUUUGGUGUGGAAAUUUGCAUAAACUUGUUAGUGAGGAAAUCAUAUACGAACUUAUGCUACAGGCUGGUCCAAUUGAUACAGUGAAAUUAAUUACAAACAAGGACCCUUCCAAUUCAAAUUAUGCUUUUAUCAAGUUCCAACACAGAAUUUCUGUUGCUUUUGCAAAAAUGCUAUUCAAUGGAUUGUCUUUAUACAAUAAUCCAAUUAAAGUUCAGUCAAGAUACAAUUCUAAAACUAGAAGCUCAAAUCUCUCA